AUGCCUCGUCCAGGGAAAAAUUCCUACAGUGACCAAAAGCCUCCAUACUCCUACAUCUCGCUGACAGCGAUGGCCAUCCAGAGCUCCUCCGAGAAGAUGCUGCCUCUGAGUGAGAUUUACAAAUUUAUCAUGGACAGGUUUCCUUAUUACAGAGAAAACACCCAGCGCUGGCAGAACUCCCUCCGCCACAACCUCUCCUUCAACGACUGCUUCAUCAAGAUCCCCCGCAGACCUGACCAGCCAGGCAAGGGCAGCUUCUGGGCUCUGCAUCCGGACUGUGGGGACAUGUUCGAGAACGGGAGUUUCCUGCGCCGCAGAAAGAGGUUCAAGGUGCACCGAUCCGAGCACCUGUCCGCCAAGAACUCCCAAAUGAUCCACUAUUUCCAGCAUCACCACCACCAGCAGCACCAGCAGCACCAGCAGCAGCACCAGCAGCAGCAGCAGCAGCAAACCAAACUGGGGCUGGCCUCCUCCGAGACAGCCCCGGGGAUGGGGCGCUUGCCCCAGUUCCAACCCUAUGGGGUCAACGGGCCCCAGACAACUGGAUUUAAACACCCCUUCGCCAUCGAGAACAUCAUCGGAAGGGACUACAAGAGUAUGAUGGCCAGUGGGCUCCCUCUCGCCUCGGUGAUGCAUCACCUUGGAUACCCGGUGCCCAGCCAGAUCAGCAACAUGGUGGGAUCCAUGUGGCCCCACGUUGGUGUCAUUGACUCCAUGGCCCCAAUGCCGGUCAGCCCUGAUUACGGCCCGUUUGGGGUGCCCAUGAAGUCCAUCUGUCACCCGGGCAGCCAGACUAUGCCAGCCGUCCCCGUGCCCAUCAAACCCACCGUUUCUUUGGGAUCGAUCUCCAGCAUGUCAGGUCCAGGAGCCCUGCCAGGCAACCCGAUACAGAUCUGCUCACCAUCAGCCUCCUCUCUACAACUGGACCAGACUCGCUCAGUCUCCACAGAGGGAAAAACUAACUCCUUACACUCUGUGCUCGUCCAUUCUUGA